CGUUUGUUGUGCUUUCUGUAGGGUUUUCGAGAAAUUUUUGCAUUGUUUGUUAAAAAAAAAAUAUUAAAUUAAAUUUUAAUGAUAUGUUAAAUAUUCAAAAUUAUGGCAGCUCUUCUGGAAGUGAUAAUGAGAACGAUGAAAAAUUAUCAGAAGUCAAAAAGGUUCGAGAAACUUCACACUUAAAGCCAAUCGAUCCUAAGUUAUCAAUAGCUAAGACGCUGGCGGUGUGUGCAGCACCAGAAGUAGUACCUAUAGGCGCCACAGCAGUACCAUUUGCGAUUGAUCCUACAGUAAAAGAACUCGAUUAUAACCCAAAGUAUGAAGAGUUAUUUGCGCCCAUACAGGGGCCCAUACAACCCAAUCAAGCGAUGCAGUUGUCCGCAACAAGAAAUACGCUUGCUGGUUACGUUGAGCAAGCCCAUAUUAAUGCAUUUGAGUUUGAAAAUCAACGCCGUACAUUUCAUACCUACGGUUACGCCAUGGAUCCUUCUGUUGACGAAACUAUUGAUGGUCAAUCGUUUGUAGGAGACUUACAAUCGGCCUACGAUGAUAAUGGCAAAACAGUUUUUGAGUCACCUAAGUCAAAAAAGAAGCGAAAACAAGAAAAAAAUGACAAUCCUGAGGAUAUUGAUGGUUUCGUUGGUCCUUGGGGGAAAUAUGAAAAUGAACAGUCAAUAGCGCGUCCUAAUGAUGAAGAAAAAGCAGAGUUAGAAGAAAUAUUAGCAAAAAGACAUAGACGAGGUCGUAUACCAGAAGAUAAACCUUUAGAAGAAAAAUCUACAUUGCACAUCAAAGAUGCUUAUGAUUAUCAAGGUCGCUCAUUCUUGCAUGCCCCACAUGAUUUAGAUGUAAAUUUACGCUCCCAUGCACCACCUCCGAAAUGCUUUUUACCAAAAGCACACAUUCACACGUGGACUGGUCACAACAAAGGCAUUACUUCUAUUCGCUGGUUUCCACAAACUGCGCAUUUAUUGCUUUCUGGAUCUAUGGAUAGUCGCAUAAAGUUGUGGGAAGUUUAUGGGGAACGUCGUUGUAUACGUACGUAUAUGGGUCACCGACAAGCUAUUAAGGAUAUAUGCUUUAACAAUAAAGGCACAAAGUUUUUAUCAGCGUCUUAUGAUCGUUACAUUAAGUUAUGGGAUGCUGAGACCGGUGAUAUAGUUUCACGAUUUACAGCACGAAAAAUGCCUUUCUGCGUGAAGUUUCAUCCAGAUAACAAUAAGCAGCACUUGUUUGUUGCCGGCACCUCUGAUAAGAAAAUCAUUUGCUGGGACACCAGAAGUGGGGAUAUUGUUCAAGAAUAUGACAGACAUUUAGGUGCCGUGAAUACCAUCACAUUUGUGGACGAAAAUCGAAGAUUUGUAACUACAUCUGAUGAUAAAUCAAUGCGUAUCUGGGAAUGGGAUAUACCAGUCGAUAUGAAGUACAUAGCAGAUCCCACGAUGCAUUCAAUGCCUGCUGUGACAUUAGCACCAAACGAGAAAUGGCUUGCCUGUCAGUCUCUUGACAACAAAAUUGUAAUCUUUUCCGCAAGGAACCGAUUCAAAAUGAACCGCAAGAAGUCUUUUAGUGGACAUAUGGUAUCAGGCUACGCAUGUCAGCUAGACUUUUCACCAGAUAUGAGCUAUCUGGUAUCUGGCGAUGGCGAUGGAAAAUGUUACAUUUGGGAUUGGAAAACGACAAAAAUGUAUAAAAAAUGGCAGGCACAUGAAGGUGUAUGCAUAACUGCACUGUGGCACCCGCACGAAGCCAGUAAAGUAGUAACAGCAGGUUGGGACGGCGUUAUCAAGUUCUGGGAUUAAUUUUUAUAAUAUAAUUGUCAAAUAUAAUCAUUAAUAUUA